UAAUUAUUAAUGAUUUCUUGUCUGAAUGCGGUGGUGAAGACGACAAUUAAGUCGGACAAAACUUGCCGGUAAUCGGUGGCGCCGCCUGUGACGCCCCGUUUCAAAUAAUUCUUAAAUAUCCUAAGCUUACCAAUUAUUCAUCCUAUCAUAAACUACGAUUCCGCUAUUUAGAUCCCUGCUUCCGUUUCCAAUCAAAAGGACAAUGGCAGCUUCUGGGGACUCGUGGGUAAGGGAGUACAAUGAAGCAGUAAAACUUGCCGAUGACAUCACUAACAUGAUAUCAGAAAGGAGUUCAUUGCCCGCCACAGGGCCAGAAGCACAGCGACAUUCAUCUGCCAUACGUAGGAAAAUUACCAUACUCAGAACCAGGCUCGAUAGCCUACAGUCUCUUCUUUCAAAGCUUCCUGGAAAGCAACCUCUGACACAGAAAGAAAUGAAUCGGCGGAAAGAUAUGGUUUCAAAUCUAACUUCAAAAGUAAACCAGAUGGCUUCCACAUUGAACAUGUCAAACUUUGCAGAUAGGGAUAGCUUACUUGGGCCAGAAAUUAAGACGACUGAUGUCAUGAGCAGAAUGACUGGGCUUGACAACUAUGGUGGUGUUGGUCUUCAACGACAAAUCAUUAAAGAACAAGACGAGGGCCUUGAAAAAUUGGAGGAGACAGUUAUAAGCACUAAACAUAUAGCAUUGGCAGUCAAUGAGGAGCUUGAUCUGCAUACAAGGCUAAUUGAUAAUCUGGACCAACAUGUUGAUGUCACAGACUCCCGACUGCAGCGAGUGCAGAAGAGGCUUGCAAUAUUGAAUAAACGCACAAAGGGUGGCUGUUCUUGCUUGUGUCUCCUUUUAUCCAUUAUUGGGAUUGUCGUUUUGGUUGCUGCUAUAUAUAUGCUGAUCAAAUAUUUGUAAUAUAGAUAAAUGUGGAAUUGGAAUUUUCUGCUGUCCUUUUGUCCUGGAUUAAAAUUUAACAUUGAUGUGUUGGAAAAAAGAACAAGAACAAGAAGAAGAAGGGGAGUGGAAUGGCUGUGUUAUUUGUGAAGUCGAUUGGAUUUUAAUUCCCGCGUUGUUUGGAUUCCUUGUUUGUGGGAGUGAUAUGAUUUGUUUGGAUAAAUUUCCUGUUAAGCUUUUCAAAAUUUUCCAACUUAUAAUCAA